AUGGGCCCCUGUACCGCCUCCUCAUGCUGCUGCCAGGCCCGUAAUCUGCCAUGGGCCCCUGUACCGCCUCCUAAUGCUGCUGCCAGGCCCCUAAUCUGCCAUGGGCCCCUGUACCGCCUCCUAAUGCUGCUGCCAGGUCCAGAGUGUGUCAUGGGUCCCUGUACGGCCUCCCAUUGCUGCUGUCUCCAUCGCCACACUCUGCCAUGUGCCACUUUCAGGUCUCCUCACACUGCUGGUGGGUUCCAUUUUUGUCAUAGGGUGCUGUAUGGCCUCCCAUUGCUGCUGCCUCCACCGCCACACUGUGGCUCCACACUCUGGUUUUGGCCCCGUGACUGCCCAAAUGAGUGAAGUGUGCGGUGAUUCUAAGAUCGACGGCACUCAUCUGCAUGUCAUACUGACUGACAGUGUUAUUUCUCUUCCCCAGCAGACUCCAAGGGCAUUUAAAUUAAAGGUACAGUGUUCUGCACUAAUAUAA